AUGAUGAGUGGGGCUGAAUGGUGCUAUAUGGUAGAGGAAGAUUUAUGGCAUUGGAAAUUGCAAAUGAUUCCUGCUCGAGUUGGUCCGGUUGCAGAACUGUAAGC